CGGGAGCCGUGCGCGGGCCGGGCCAUGGGCGCGGGCGGCGGGGCCGGGCCGCUGCGGGUGCUGCUGGACAUGGACGGCGUCCUGGCCGACUUCGAGGGCGCGGUGCUGCGGGACUUCGCGCGGCGCUUCCCCGCGGAGCCGCGCGUGGAGCUGGCGGCGCGCAGGGGCUUCUCGGUGCGGGAGCAGUACCGCAGCCUGCGGGACGACCUGGGGGAUAAGGUAGCCAGUGUCUACGAGUCCCCUGGCUUCUUUCUAGGCUUGGACCCAAUUCCAGGAGCCCUCGAAGCCGUGCAGGAGAUGAUCCACAUGAAAGACACCGAAGUCUUCAUUUGCACCAGUCCCCUGCGGAAGUACGAGCACUGUGUCCUGGAGAAGUAUCAGUGGGUGGAGAAACAUCUGGGACCUGAGUUUGUGGAGAGGAUGAUUCUAACCCGAGACAAGACGGUGGUGUCUGCCGACCUGCUGUUUGAUGACAAGGAUACCAUUACAGGCGUGGAGCCGAGCCCGCGCUGGGAGCACGUCCUGUUCACCUGCUGCCACAACAGGCACAUCCCGCUGCCGGCCCCGCGCCGGCGCCUGCUGUCCUGGCACGACGACUGGAAGGGCAUCCUGGACAGCAAACGCAGGCAGUGAUGCAGAGGGAUGCCCUGCCCAUCCCCCUGCCGGGGAGAGCCCUGCCCAGGAGGCAGCGAGUGCCAUCACACGGGCAGGGGAGCGCUCGAAAUGAGCUGCCCCGGCACGUGCUGCGGAGCCGAGUCCUCCCCAGCUCUCUGGGACACUGCUCUGCAGCCAGUUCCUUCCUCUCUCUGUGGGGUUUUGGAUGUCUGUUGGGGAAGAGAAACUAUAAAAUACAAGCAGUUGAGGGUUGGUUGGC